UGCCCGCCGCGCCGCCGUGAGGGCCGAGCCCCGCGCCGCCCCGCGCCGCGCCGCGCCGCCGGCGAUGUGAGCCAUGGCGGCGGGCGGCGCGGCGGGGCUGGCGGCGCUGCUGGGCGGCGCCUCCCCGCGCCUUCUCAUCGUCUCGGCGGCCGAGGAGCCCCCGGGCGGCGGCAGCGGCCGCCCCGACGCCGACCUCCUGCUCUUCGCCACGCCGCAGCCCGCCCGCCCGGGCGCCGCGCCGCGCCGGCCCGCGCUGGGCCGCCCGCCGGUGAAGAGGAAGCUGAACUUGGAGACAGAUCACCAGUACAUAGCGGAGAGCUUGCCGACAGCCCGGGGCAAAGCGAGAAACCCUGCUAAAGGGGCAAAGUCUCCCGGGGAGAAGUCUCGCUACGAAACCUCGCUGAACCUCACUACCAAGCGCUUCCUGGAGCUCCUGAGCCAGUCGCCUGAUGGCGUGGUGGACCUCAACUGGGCAGCCGAGGUCCUGAAAGUGCAGAAGAGACGCAUCUACGACAUCACCAAUGUCCUGGAGGGCAUCCAGCUCAUCACCAAGAAGUCCAAGAACAACAUCCAGUGGCUGGGCAGCCAGGCCGCAGUGGGACCUUCCAGCCAGCACCGAGUGCUGGAGAAGGAGCUGCGGGACCUGCAGGCAGCUGAGCGGCAGCUGGAUGACCUCAUCCAGACGUGCACCAUCCAGCUGAGGCUGCUCACGGAGGACCCCGGGAACCAGCACGCAGCCUAUGUGACCUGCCAGGAUCUCCGGAGCAUUGCAGACCCCUCUGAGCAAAUGGUGAUGGUUAUCAAGGCCCCCCCAGAGACCCAGCUGCAGGUCUCGGACCCCACCGAGGCUUUCCAGGUGUCUGUGAAAAGCACUCAGGGCCCCAUCGACGUGUUCCUCUGCCCCGAAGACAGCUCUGGGGUCUGCAGCCCUGUCAAGAGCCCGUUCAAAGCAGCCGCAGAGGAAUCGUCCCCCGCCUCCCCGCUCCUGCAUCCGGCCCAGGACGUGAACAUGCCAUUGUUGCCUGGCGAGCAAGAGCCCCUGCUGCCCGGGGAGGGCGCGCUGCCCGGCAAGUGCCCCGCGGAUGAUGUCAGCCUCUCGCCGCUGGCCUCCAUGGAUGCUCUCUUGGAGCAGACCAAGGACGAUUUCUCCGGCUUCCUCCCGGACGAGUUCAUCAACCUGUCCCCCCCCCAGCCCCAAGAUUACCACUUUGGCCUGGAGGAAGGCGAGGGCAUCAGCGAGCUGUUCGACUGCGACUUCGGCGACUUCACGCCCUUGGACUUCUGAGGCGCCGCGGGAGCAGCCGCUGCUCCUCCCGGCAGCCGAACAGACCCCUGCGGCGGGGUCCCGGCCGCAGGGGAAGCUGGGGGCAGCGUCCGCAUCCCUCGGGGGCCGUGGGGGUCCCCUCCACGCCACCGCUUUGGUUUGCCCUUGGGUCGUCUCUGGUGCACGUGCCUUUCCUUGGCGGCCACCCCCCAGGCUGAGCUGCCGCCAGCUCCUUGCCUCGGGUCUCUGCGGCCCCCCUGCCACCGCCACGGUGGCCUCCUUCUCCCCGGCCCCCUUGGCUCCAGGAGCGGCGGCGAAGGAGGAGGCGCCAGCGUGCCUCCAGCCAUGGCGGGGCCAGGAGGCACCGGCGUCCCCCCGCAUGGGGAGAGUUGGGGGGUCCUUGGGGCGCCCAGCCUGCUGCCCUGUGGCGGGGCCCUCGUGGGGGGAGCCGGCGCGGGCGGCCCGGCCGGCCCCUCGCAGAGCUUUAAGCAGUCCUGUGUAUAGAUUUGAUUAAUUUAUUAUUGUUGGUCCCUGGGGGCGGUGUUGCCUUUCCUUGGGCGGGGGAGGGAGCGGGGGGCCGUGUGCCCCGCGGGGCGCCAGGGCCGGGAGGUGUCGCGGUGAGGGGCGGGGGCCUGGCUCCCCUUGCCGUGGCGAGGGCAGCCCCCAGCCCCCCGGUUAUUUAUUUAUUAUUUAUGCGACGCGGAAGCUCUCUCGGCGGGCGAGGGGGGGCCUGGCGGGCGAGAGGGGGCCCGGCGGCAGCUCGCCACCAUCUCCCCACGCAGGCGGCCCAUGGUCGACGCUGGGCCGCCGCCGCCUGAGGGGCCGGGAGUGCAGGUGCCACAGACGGGUGGGCAGCUUCUUGCUCGCUUCCCAGCGAGGGCCCAAACCGGGGCGGAAAGGGAGGGGGGUCCCCGCCAGCCGUGGCAGCACCCCGGGGAGGCGGGUGGCCUGGCAUGGCGGCACUCAUGGGGGCCUAGGCUCGUCUCCAGGCUUUCUCUGUCAGUCUUUGCGCAGUGCUCGCUUUCUGCGGCUUCCUCCUCACCGGGCGGCUGUGGCGGCCGUCCCCCCGUACCGGGCCGCGCGGGGUGCCACCGGUGGCAGGGUGCUGCGCGCCUCCCUGGGCCCGGAAAGCAGGGCAGGGAGCAGCGAAGAUGGGGAGAGGGAAAAGGAUGGGGUUUCCUCGCCUGCUGGGGGCCGCCGAGCCGGACUGGAGACGCACUUUCACUUACUGCCUUUUAACAAAUUUUGUGUUCUUCUGAGCUUCGUGUUUAAUAAAGGUUUCUACUGAC